AUGGGCUUGGCUAAUGCUCACCUUCUCCCCCAAAGAGGCUAUGAGAAACUGGGUAACAACAAUGAAAAAGGUAUUCAUGAAGAGAAUUAUCCAAGGGAUUGUUUUGAGAUUUUUCAGCACUCCAAAGGAAAUUCCAGAGAUGGUCUUUACAUCAUCCAACCAGAGGAGGACCCAAUUGUUGUCUCUUGUAACAUGCAGGAUGGUGGCUGGACAGUAAUCCAGCACAUUACAGCCAAUAGUACUGUCGACUUCGAUAGGACCUGGCAGGACUACAAAUAUGGAUUUGGCUCCACUCAUGAGAACCACUGGUUAGGAAAUGAAUAUAUGCAUCAGUUAACUAGCAGCUCUGUGAACUAUAUACUUGAAGUUAAACUUGUAAACAUAAACGCUGAAAUCAAAUGGGGACAGUACGAACCAUUCGUUAUUGAAGAUGAAGAGUCUCAAUAUCAAAUCAGGGUUGGUCUAUACAAAGGCAAUGCCACUGAUGCUCUGACUCUGGACACAGAAGCUUAUCUCCAUGAGAACCAGAGGUUCACUACCAAGGACAGAGACAAUGACAAUUACUUUCAGAAUUAUGCUAAACUAGAACACAAUGGCGUUCCUGGCGGAGGCUGGUGGUACGACGCGUGUGCUGGAGCAAAUCUAAACUGUAGGAACAUGAUAUACUGGCAAAAGGACUGCAAUAAGCAACGCAUGUGCAAGUUUGCGUGGAUGAUGAUCAAACCCAUUGACCACAGCCUGUUGUAUUCAGCCAAGUCCUGUCCAUAUCAGAAAGUUGAACUGUAG